UGUCCAAUCAUAUUGGAAGAUAAUUUGAUUGGCAACAAUAAUGUCCAAUCACAUGACCCCGAAAGGAGCGCAAUCACAAAAUUAGUUACUGAAGCUAAGCUCCAACCUCCUGCUAUAAACACAAGCAGAAAUAACCUCUCGGUGGUACCACGCAGCUCUCGAUGAAAAUGAUCGACGAUUUCGAGAACCAGGAGGUUCGGUCCAGCGGUGAGCUUUGGUCGGAAGUCUGCUCCAGCCUGCCGGAGGUCCAGUCAGAGGCAGCUGCCGAGAACAGCACCGAUUUCACUGACUCCUUUCAUCCUGCAACGCAAGAUGAUGAGGUGCAGGUCAAUGGGCGUUUAAAUGGGACCAGUACCAGCGCAUCCAGUGCUAACUGGGAACCAAUGGAGGACUCUGACGUUUAUAUUGCCAGUUUAGAGAACCGCCUGAGGAAGUUAAAGGGUCAGUCCAGCGACGUGACCUCCAGAGAUAUCUUACGCUCUCUGUCUCAGGCUAAAAAAGAAUGCUGGGAUCGAUUUCUGCAUGAUGCCCAGACCUCAGAGCUCUUUCAAGGCGGUGACAUGGACGAGAGUGCUCUGGAACAUUUCAAGAGGUGGCUAAUCCCUGAGAAGGUGGCUAUCAGCGCAGAGGAGCUGGAAUAUCUUCUUAGACCCUCUCGGGGAGAAGAGCCAACCGGAUCAAAUCAGACACAAAGCAGCGAAGACACAACAGGAGAGACGCACAACAGUGAGGAGGAGGAGGAGGAGGACACUCACAACCCAGAGAAAUGAGUCUAAUAAAGACAAUUAGUGUAAAAUAUUAUGUAAAGGAGAUUUUCUCAUGUUUGUUUGGAGCUGUUUUAUGUUGAAGCAGUGUUUUUGGCCAAGCAUUAAUCCGCAAAAAUAAUUUAUAAAUAGAGUUUUCUAAGUCUUUGUCCUCUGUGUGCUCAGCAGCUGUGGGUUCAGUCACAUCUGCACAACAAUAUGCAGAUUUUAAUGAGGCGUCAUGUGUUGCAAGUGGAACUUAUGAGUCACACAAAGUGCAAAUAAAACAUGUGCAUGCCAUGUGUGA